AUGUCUCUCAAAGCCUCCAUACUCGGACUCGCCGCGUUUUUGACGGCUGUGUCAUCCGCUGCCGUCGACGACGGGUGCAGUGCGUUGGCUUCUCGCUAUCCUGACAGGACCUUUUUCCCCGGCUCAGAGCGAUAUAAGUUUGAGAAUGAAUGGCCAUCUUGCAUCUUCGCUCCGCAGUGCACCAAAGAUGUGCAAUUCGCGCUUCACACAUUUCAGGAGCACCAAGUCCAGUUUGCCAUUCGCUGCGGAGGUGCCAUGCCCAUCGACAACGCUGCCAACAUCGGUCCGGAGGGUAUCAUGAUGGCCAUGACGAAUCUAAGCAGCAUGGCUAUCUCAGACGACCACCAGACCGUCACGAUCGGGGCUGGUGUGACAUGGCCUCCGUUGUAUGCGUAUCUGGAUGAAUUCAGUGUCACAGCCAACGGCAUUCGCUCUGGUGAUGGUGGAGUCGUUGGUGCAAUUCUAGGAGGCGGACCCUUCGGUUUCAUGGCCUAUGAAUACGGAAUGUCGAAUACUGCUUCAUCUUUGGAUUGCGUUCUUGCUGAUGGAACACUGGUGACGGCCAGUGCUGAUGAACAUCCAGACCUGUUCUGGGCGCUGGUUGGAGGCGGAAACAACUACUGUAUUGUCACAGAGGCUACUCUGAAUACUGUUCCAAUCUCUUCAGCCCUUAUAGGAACAGUCUCUUGGGGUACCGGCGUGUCAGAGCAGUAUAUCAAGAGUGUGGAGCAGUUUGCGCUUCACGGCGCACAAUACCCCAAGGCUUCCUUCGAGGGCCAAACCCGCUGGGUGCCGUCCCGCAGCAGCGAGAUUUCUUUUGAUGGAUACCUUUGGUACAGCGGCGAGGGUGAUGUACCUCUUGGACUGGAGAACUUUACCGCACCCAUCUUACCCAUCACAAGAGGAAACCUCACACGCACGACUAUGGGUAACUGGUCAAAUGAGUUCAACUAUGCCCCUCCUCUUGGCACGCGAGCUAUCUUUCACUGGUUGACUAGCGCUGCGAACGCUACAGCUGCGAGAAUCGCGUUCGACACAUACUACGAGUCCAUCGCGUCUUUGGCGGACGUCGAAGGUUUCUCGACCGCUUUCAGCAUGCUCCCAAUCACGUCUAUUGUGACUGCGGCACCACCCGGAAACGCAAUGGGUCUAGGAAGUGACGACAGCCCAGCGAUCUGGUACGUUGAGAGCCCUCUAUGGUCGAACCCCGAAGAUGACGAGCGCGUGCUUGCGGUACACGCCGAAGCCAACGCCAAGAUAAGAGAGAACCUUUCUGCGGCCGGUCUCGGACCGCUUCCGUUUAUGUACCUCAGCGACAUACAGAAGUCUCAAAUCCCUGACACCUUCCCGGCCUACGGGGCAGAGAACUUACAGAAGCUUAAGGACGUCAGGGAUAAGUAUGAUCCUGACCGAGUUUUUACUGAGCUAGUACCUGGAGGUGCUAAGGUUGCUUUAUUUUAG